AGAGUUUUAAAAGGUGGUUUUCAACUCGUUUCCACACAGUCACGAUGAAGCUAACACGGUAUAUCUCUGUGUUUGUGAUCGCACAGUUAUGUAUCAUAGGGAGUGUAAACGGCGGAAACAUAUUAGUUUGGCAUACUGAAGGCAGUCACUGGAUCAACCUCAAGCCUAUAUUGGACACUCUGAUUGACAGAGGACACAGUGUUACAGUGCUGGUGCAGAGUGCCUCUGUAUACAUGGACCCCACGGAAAAGGCUCGCUUCAGCUACGAACCAUUCAACGUCUCCAUCUCAAUGCAAGAGAUGACCAAUUUCUUUGAGGAGUUCAUCCACUUUCACAUGUACGAGAUAGACUACCUGAGCUACUUGCAGAUCCAUUGGAAGGGGUAUCAUAUUGUAAAAAGAGAAUUAAAGUUUUCCAUACAGAUAUGUGACGGACUGCUGAGGUCAGAGACCGUCAUGAGGAGACUGAGAGAGGCCAAGUAUGAUGUUCUGUUAUCCGAUCCAAUCUACCCCUGCAGUGACCUGGUGGCUGAGGAUCUGGGCAUUCCUUUGGUCUACACCCUGCGUUUCUCUAUUGCCCACAUGUGGGAGAGGCUCUGUGGGCAGCUGCCUUCUCCACCAUCCUUUGUCCCUGGUGCCAUGAUCAAGUUAACCGACGAAAUGAGCUUCACUGAAAGACUGUUGAACUUCCUCUUCUAUGCAUCCCAGGACAUAAUGGCAUACGGUUAUUGGCAAGACAUAGACGCCUACUACAGUGAGAUUCGAGGGAAGCCAUCAACCUAUUGUGAGGUGAUGGGCCAAGCUGACUUGUGGCUGAUCCGGACAUACUGGGACUUUGACUACCCUCGUCCUUUCCUCCCUAACUUCAAGUUUGUGGGGGGAAUCCACUGCAAGCCUGCCAAGCCCUUACCAGAGGACAUGGAGGAGUUUGUGCAGAGCUCUGGAAAAGACGGCAUUGUGGUGUUCACCCUCGGGUCCAUGAUAAAGAACCUCACCACAGAGAAAGGGAACAUGAUCGCCUCAGCCCUGGGGAAGAUUCCCCAGAAGGUCCUGUGGAGGCUCAGUGGGGAGAAGCCUGAGACCCUGUCCCCCAACACCAGAGUCUUGGACUGGAUCCCUCAGAACGACCUGCUGGGUCACCCCAAGACCAGAGCCUUCAUCACCCACGGUGGAACCAACGGCAUCUAUGAGGCCAUCUAUCACGGGGUCCCCAUGGUGGGAAUUCCUAUGUUCGCUGACCAGCCAGACAACAUGGUCCACAUGAAGGCCAAGGGGGCCGCGGUCGUCAUGAACUUCAACACCAUGAAAACCCAGGAUCUGGUGGAUGGACUCAACAUUGUGAUCAACGAGCCGUCGUAUAAGGAGAACGCCUUGAGGUUGUCCAGGAUACACCAUGACAGGCCCAUCAGUCCCAAGGAUGAGGCAGUGUUCUGGAUAGAGUUCACCAUGAGGAAUAAAGGGGCCAAGCACCUGAGGGUCCAGGCCCACGAGCUCACCUGGUACCAGUACCACAGCCUGGAUGUGUUCGCUUUCCUACUGGCCAUCGUGAUGCUGCUCACCCUCCUCUUCAUCAAAACAUGCCUCUUCUGUGUCCGGAGGUGCUGUUACGGAACAAAGUCUAAACGGAAGACAGAGUGACAGUGAGAUUGCACAGUAAACCACAUCCUGCCACAGUCUUUCAGCACCAGCCCACCACUAUCCAUCUCGCACUGAACAGGCCUAUGCUGCAUGGGGAGAAUGGAUGGUCUCCCAAAUGAGAUGUCUCAGUCCAUUCCUGUUGCCUGAAAGCAUUAAAAAAGAAACCUUAUUUUCGACCUGCAGAGUAUGUACAGAAUGUGAAUACAUAACCCAAAACGUGUCUUGAUUCCCUUUCCAAAACAAAAGCAAGUUCCCUUCCAAACUACUGUCAAACUGAUUGAUGGUAAGUUCAUGUUAGAUGAAACGUAUUUUUUGUUCUCAAGUAAUACAAUAAUAGAAUAAAUUGUACGGUUAGCCCUCAUAAAAUGCAUGUUUGAGUGUUCAUAGUUCACUUGGGUUACAUUCCAGUCUAAGCAAGGCUUCCAAAAUUGCCAUUGUUUUUCUCUCUGCCAUGUCUCCCUUUGCUGGACUGUCAGUCGAUCUCCGAUCCUCCAAUAUUUAUGCUUAGUAAAGAAGAGAAACACUACAUCACUAAUAUCGUAGUCCUACCUGUACCUUAUUUGUUCCUAUUUUCCCAUGCUUACCUGUCAGGUACCACCUAUUUGGCAUGUCAUGUAUACAGGGCCUAGUGAAAGUGUACACACCCCUUACACAGUCUUCACAUUUUUCUGCCUUAAAUUUUAAUCUAAAAAGGGAUUAAAUAAAUAAAAAAAUCCUACAAAUCUA